AUGGAGUCUUUGUUGUCUCAAAGUUAUUUUUUUCUGAUUUUUUGGGUUUUUUUUAUGUGUUGCUCAUUAUGUGAAGCUAAUUAUACAUUUUAUGCUGGUGGCAAAAGUGGUUGGGUUUUAAAUCCUUCUGAAUCUUACGUUCAUUGGGCCGAACGAAAUCGCUUUCAAGUCAAUGACACCAUCAUUUUCAAGUUUAAAUUAGGAUCAAAUUCAGUUCUUUUAGUUGAUAAAGAUGAUUACAACAAUUGCAACAAGGACAAUCCAAUUCUUGAAUUAGAACAUGGUAAUUCAAAAUUCAGAUUUGAUGGAUCAGGUCCAUUUUAUUUCAUUAGUGGACAUGAAGAUAAUUGUGAAAAGGGCCAGAAACUCAUGAUUGUUGUGUUGUCACCCAAUCACCACAAAGCCCAUAAAGCCCAUGAAGCAUUGAGCCCAGCACCUGUUGAAUCCACUGGCCCAGUUUCACCUGCCCCGGCUUCGGCUACGUCGGGUGCCCCAGGGUUUAUUGGUGGGUUUUUUUCUUGGAGCUUUAUUAGUUCAAUAAUUGCAGUUUAUUUCUGUAUUUUGGUUUAA